GCGGAACGAAAACGUGGCAGGUGGAGAAAAGUCCCCAUGCUGCACAGAGCGCGGCUCCGGCUCCGCGGCGCGGCUCCAUCCGGGCACUGGAGUGCGGCUGCGGUGGGCGCGGUCCCAUCCGGGUCCCGGGGAUGCUGUCAGGGCGCCGGUUGGGCGGGGCUGGGCUGCGAGAAGCAUCCAGGCUUAGGCGGCCCGUGUAGGACCUGCCCUGCCUGCCUCCCGCCGUCCGGAGACGGCUUCGCUACCGCCAGCUCUCUCGCCUGCCCUCCCCUUCUUAUCGCCCUGCGCUCCGACAGCCGCCGCAGCUCCCUGGGGCUGCGCCACUACUCGGCGUCGGAGGCCGUGCUGGCCCGGGCAGGCCCUGCCCCGCCGCCCCUCCCAGCCGCGGCCUCGCAGGACUCCUGGAAAGAUAAACAAUGGAGGACGAGGAAAACCAAGUGCAGCUUCUGAACGAGAAGCAGGUGCCAAGCUCCGCGACUGAUUAUGCGUGGCAUGUCACCGAUAUGAAUAGACUCCAGCGCUUCUUGUGUUUUGGUUCAGAAGGUGGUACUUACUCCAUCAAAGAGCAGAAGCUGGGCUUUGAAAAUGCAGAAGCUUUAAUGAGACUGAUUGAAGAGGGUAGAGGUUGUGAAGCUAUUCAAGAAAUAAAGACAUUUAGUAAAGAAGGCAGAGCCGCAAAACAGGAGCCUCUGCUUUUUGCUCUUGCAGUUUGCUCACAGUGUUCUGAUGCAAAAACAAAGCAAGCGGCAUUUAAAGCUGUUCCUGAGGUUUGUUGCAUACCAACCCAUCUCUUUACUUUCAUCCAAUUUAAAAAAGAUCUGAAGGAGGGCAUGAAAUGUGGCAUGUGGGGCCGUGCACUGAGGAAAGCUGUUGCAGAUUGGUACAAUGGAAAGAAUGGCAUGGCUGUUGCUUUAGCAGUUACAAAAUAUAAACAAAGAAGUGGUUGGUCUCAUAAAGAUCUUCUGAGGUUGUCCCACCUAAAACCUGCCAGUGAAGGCAUUGCUGUAGUCGCGAAAUAUAUUACCAAAGGAUGGAAAGAUGUUCAAGAGGCUUAUAAAGACAAAGCAGUUUCUGCUGAGAUUGAAAAACUCUUGAAGUAUCUGGAGGCUGUGGAGAAAGUAAAACGCACAAAAGAUGAAUUGGAAGUUACUCAUUUAAUAGAGGAAUAUGGUCUGGUUAGGGAGCAUCUCCUGACAAACCAUCUGAAAUCUAAAGAGGUUUGGAAGGCAUUGCUGAAGGAGAUGUCCAUUUCUGUACUGUUGAGAAAUUUAGGGAAGCUGACAGCAAAUUCAGUACUUGAACCACGAGGUUCAGAAGUGGCAAUAGUGUGUGAAAGACUGAGAAAUGAGAAACUGCUAAAAAAGGCUAGAAUACAUCCAUUCCACAUUUUGGUUGCAUUAGAAACCUAUAAAGCUGGACAUGGAAGCAGAGGGAAGCUUUGGUGGCGUCCUGAUCAAGACAUUUUAGAAGCUUUAGAUGCUUCCUUUUACAAAACUUUCAAGACAGUUGAACCAACAGGAAAACGCUUCUUAGUUGCAGUUGAUGUCAGUGCAUCAAUGACGCAAAAGGUUCUGGGCAGCGUGCUCAGCGCCAGCACGGUCGCAGCAGUAAUGUGUAUGGUUGUGGCACGUACUGAGAAGGAUCCCCACAUUGUUGCCUUUUCACAUGAAUUGGUCCCUUGCCCAGUGACAGCUGAUAUGACGUUACCUCAAGUAUUAGUGAAAAUGUAUGAAAUUCCAAUGGGUACCACUGAUUGUUCCCUUCCUAUGAUAUGGGCUCAGAAAACUCAGACAGCUGCUGAUGUCUUCAUAGUAUUUACUGAUAACGAGACCUUUGCUGGACAUACUCAACCUGCAGCAGCUCUUAGAGAGUACAGAGAGAAAAUGGGUAUUCCUGCUAAACUGAUUGUUUGUGGAAUGACUUCAAAUGGUUUCACGAUCGCAGAUCCCGAUGACAGAGGCAUGUUGGAUAUAUGCGGCUUUGAUACAGGAGCUUUGGAUGUUAUUCGAAACUUCGCUUUGGAUUUGAUUUAAUUUUCUAGGCAUCUGUUCUUCCCAGUGGGUCCAUUGCUGGCAACAGACUUCACCCUGGGAACUCCCAGCCAAAUGUACUUUAUUAGAAUAUGACAUAUUAUAGACGUAUCAGAAUGUUACAUUUUUGUGAGGGGAAGAACCAAGAAAAGCAGAUGAGAAAAUCUCUUUUAUCUUUUUUCCUGUUGCAUACGAGUUAAAAAAACAGCAGGAAAUUUGCUAAAAGCUACAGGGUUACACAAUACCUAAUUUAAUUUCAUUUGUAGUAGAUUAUAAAUACUGAGAGAUUUUUAAUUCUCCCUCCUCCUCCCCCUUCCUCCUCUGUUGCUGUGGAACGCUUGCUUGCAAGAAUAAAAUUAUAAAUGACUCUUAAGAUGGGGCAGGAAAAAAGUGAGUUUAGCAUUUUUAAUAAUGUAAGUUUAACAGCAACUUUGAAAGUUUUUUCUUUAGUCUUUUUGUUUUCAUUUUGUAAGCUCUGUAUUUUACAAGCAUUACUAAGGUUCAACAACAGUUUUCAUUGCUCCACUUCCAAUCUACAAAAGAAAUAUUUUCCAGCACAUAUGAGACCAUGUGACUGUGAUGCAGUAUAAAUGAUAGCCAGUGAAAUUUUAUACUGAUAAAACUGAAAGUGGAAGUGCUCAUGAUACUGUAUCUAGAUUAUCAUCAAGCUUUCCAGGAGUAAAGUGUCAUUCCCUUCAGAUAAACUGAAGGCAAAUUUCUGUACAGUGCAGUUUCAGAAGCACUAGUUUACAAUAAUAUGCUUUACAAGAAGUUCUAAAAACUGCUAGCAAAAAAAAAAGAUCUUGGAAAUGGCUGGGAAGCCACAUUCAGUCCAUGUUAACAUCUUAAAGAAGCACCAGCACACUUUCAGUGAAGAACUUCCAACAGGUGCAUGUGUCUUGGCCUGCUCUUGAAAGCUGAAUGCUAAGAACCAGAAACAAAAAGCUACAUUUUCUUCAAAAGAAUGUAUUCAGUGAUACAGAAACAAUCUUCCUAACAGGAGAGUAUUUAGGUUUUUUAACUCUUUUUGUAGAUUAACAUUAGUUCUGCUCUAAGAAAUUAAUUCAAGCUAACAUAUUUCAAAACUACCUCCAGUUUAUAGGGACCAAUUCUUAAAAACUUUUAUGAAAUGUACAGUUGCCUCUUUUCAUGUUCUCAAAAUCAUGUUUAGGAAGUGAUAGCAACUGGAUUUUUUUUUAAUUUCUGUUUUUUUUCUAGACUGACAAUAUGAGUUAAUAAGGAGAAAACUAGUGAGUAUCAUCACUUGAGAACAGGAGUCAAUAGGAAUUCUCUGUGUGUGUGUGUAUUUAAUUCUGUGUGUUUUUAGGUGUGCUUGUACAGGGGGAAGUUUAAAGAUCUUUGUAGUAGAUCACAGUCUUAGAAGAUGAGAGGGUUUUUUUUUAAGUGAUGCUUUUACAACUUCCCCUAAGACAUACGUGUGUCAGCCUCUUUUAUGCUAAUUCUGGCUCUUUUAAACAGUGAAUUUGAUGUCAAUGUGAAAACAACUAUGAUUUAUAAAAAUAACCCAGCUGUGGUAAAUGACACGCAAGACCUUAUUUUUCUGCUGAAAUGCCAAGCUUUUAAAUGUAAAAUUCAAGUUCAUAUUAUACUUUUGAUACUAGUAACACUUUUCAUUAUGCCUCAUACAUGCCGAGUGUAAAUUCAAAGCUCCUAUGCGAUAGGAUGGAUACCUCUUCUGGUGCUAAAAUGUAACAUUUUACUGAAGGUGUUCUGCUACAUACUUCUACCUUCACGACUAAAUCAAAACAGUGAGGGAUGCUGUUUCUGUCGAUCAAACCAUGGCUUAAAGAACUGAUGGUAGGAACAUUAAUGCAGUUACGUCUGAAUUAGCACUGCUCGUACGACACAGCUCUGAUUAGAAUUCUUGAGGAUACAGGACUGCCACCAGCUUGUGAAGUGACAUCUAGGAAAAAAAAAAGAAGUGUUCCUACAAAAGCUUAGCACUUUGAUUUUUGAAAAUCACCCAUUUCUCCUGAUAAGUCUCUUACCACUGUUAGUAUUCUUUCUAAAGAAGCACCAUGAAUAUGGGGAGUAUAACCCAUUUGGUAAAUACAUGUUAAUAAUGAUUUCAAUUAAAUGCACUGAUGUUUUGGGGUUGUUUUGGUAGUAAUGUGUUUUAAAUUACACAAUAGUCAAACAUCUGAUGGGGUGUUUCCUUUUAAGCUAGAGAUGUUGAAAAUAACUGAUAGAUAAGUAUCUUUUCCAAGUACUUUUUCUUAUUUGGAGCAGUAUUUAUGAAAUAAUAGGAAAUAUUUUGGGAUAAAUAUAAACUGAAAACUUAAACAGGUAUUUCAAGUACCUGUGUGCAGUUAACUGCAUAAAUUUACUGCAAGUAAAAGGUUAGACUAGUUACUAAUGGAUUCAAUUAAGGGUUAUAGUAGUGUUGUAUCUUUGAAAGGAGUCUAGUUUAAAAUACAGUUCCUUGAACUCGUGUGAAUGAACUUUUCAUUAGAACUUAGAGAAAAGUGUAGCUCUCUGUAUCUGUUGACACUGGAUAGCUAUAUGUCAUGUUAAAGAUAGUCAUCCAGGCUGGAGUACAUAAUAUGCUCCUAGAUAUUUACUCUAUCUCUAGGUACUAAAAGAUCUUGUUAGAAUAUUCUAAGUGGUUUGGUUAUCCAGUGUAAAACCAGCACCAGUGAGAUCAUACUGUCAUCUGCCUCUUCAAGGUUUUUGGAGCAAGGGGAAACUGAAGUAAAUGCUGAUGGCUGAGA